UACUACGAUGGUUUUGAAGAUGUUAUGGUGGAAAUUUUAAAUGAAAAUUUGUCAAUUAGUUUUCGAGAAGUUGUCAGGUUAACUAAUGGGCUAAUAACAAAUCAUUGAAGGAUCUUUGAUUGAUAUUGCGACUUGGAGUAGUGUUCGUGUGAAAACAUUCAACAGAUUUCAAUCAGCUGACAUCCACGACCGGUUUACUUCAAAAACACAACAACAGUGAAAUCAACUUCAUCUUUUUAAAACUCUGGAAACUUCAUGACAACUAUUAAAAUGGAAUAUCUCGCCCAAAUGGAGGCCGAUGCCAUGUCGCUGAUCGACACAAUGAGCAACGAAGAACGACACGAGCUCGACUUGUUUUUGAAUUCCGACAGACAGGACUGUGCAAUGGAUAUUAAUUUAAAAACAGAACCCGGCUGUGGUCUGCCCGAUUUGGAUCACCUGGAUUCCAACCAAGACUACAACACUUUGCAGUGGAUGCAGCCUAAUAAUUUGGGCGGACAAUUCCGAGAUGAAAACGAAUCGGAGAAUACGGAUCCUAAUUUGUUAGUGAAUCCCCAGACGGUUAUACCCGUUGAUAUAUAUGUGAAUACUGUGGCCAGUGAUUCCCCUUCUCUACCCAAUAUAAAUGGCGUGGAGACUGUCUGUUCGUCAUCGGGGGUCGCUCAAACUCUACCCAACAAUAUUCAACUAGUGACAGUCAGUAAUCAUGGAGGAAUCGAGGUUUCUCAGUCGCAAAAUUCCGUUGUUUAUCACCACGUUACAUUCUCCACACAGCAACAAAAUAUUCCACUUCUAUCAAAAACUGUCAUGUCACCUUCACAGAGUUCCCCAGUGCUUGUGGGGCAUCUACAGAACGGUCUUCCUCCCCAAUCUCGUCCGAUCAUCAGCCUCCCAGCCGUACAGUCCGCCAUAGAGCAGGGCCAGGAAGACGAGAAGAAGAAGAUGGAGAAGGUGUUCCCCAAACCCGUGUAUUCCUACAGUUGUCUCAUAGCUCUAGCAUUAAAAAACAGUGUUAGUGGCAAUUUACCAGUUAGCGAGAUCUACACCUUCAUGACUGAGAAUUAUCCAUAUUUCAAAACCGCCCCAGACGGCUGGAAGAAUUCAGUUCGACAUAAUUUGUCGUUAAACAAAUGUUUCCAAAAAGCUGAAACGCCCAAACAGACGAAACCAACAAGUACGACGAAGAAAGGUUGUCUGUGGGCCUUGAAUCCAGCGAAAAUAGAGAAAAUGGAGGAGGAGAUUGUUAAAUGGCGACAAAAAGAUCCUAAAACUCUACAACACAGUAUGGCACAUCCAGAAAAAUUAGAACUUAUUGAAAGUGGCCGAGCUGGUGUAGGAACUUCCAAAAACAACAACUCCAGUGCCAAUAUGGCCGCCACUAGUACACCAAUCACUAUACACAUACCCGAUUCCUCCGUCCAUUCAUCUUUAUCUACGCCUCUCCAGCACCCGUCAACCCCCAACCACCAAUCACAGACACCCGAUGUAUUUAUGUCCGAUCUUAGAGAUAUCAAUGUUAGUUCUCAGUUUGGUGUGGACCCGGCUUUAUCAGAGUUAGCGAGUGGUCUAUGGGAUGAUGAUAUAAACUGUGACUUGGGAUUGGAUCUCGUCAACUCUCCACUGUGUGUCGCCACCGUCGCCUCACCCAUGGGUUCCUGUAAUUCCCCGCUACCACACCAUCCAACCACGCCCUCAGGUCAAUAUGGCGGUCACGCAAGUUACCAUGGUACGUGUUUCUAUGCCUCUAGUCCCGUACAACUAGGCUCACCGUCCACCAUACCAAACAACAUGUUCUAUGCUACACCGUCCCCGAGAACGCUUUUUGCAUGAUCAAACACGAUGGCUGGACUCGGACGAGGCUUUUUUAAUUAGUGCUUUUUUGUUGGUGAGUGGUUGUAUGAGUGAAAUUGACUAUUAUAAGUUCUAGAUUUGAUAAUCAAGACUCAAUCUCGAGGAUGUAGUCCAAGACAACCAGCCGCCUGAUACACUGAACUGGUUUUCAUGUUAACCAAGGAAGUAGUUUUUCAAUAUUGUAAAUCUUAUGUUUACAAGGUAUUGUUUCAUCUGUUGUUUUAUUUUUUUAAUGAGAUUUACAAAUUUGUAAAAUUAUUCUUUGAAAUAACGACACAAAUAACACAGCUGUCUAUUUGAGACUUUAUCGCUUUUCUAGUAAGAGUUAUCUACCUUAGGCAGUUGGAAUUCAGAAAAAGAGUAGAACGUAGCGCGGGCUUUCCGGUCAAGACUUCCCUCAUUGCCGGUAAGAGUUAUCUGCCGCGUCAGAUCCAUUUUAACAAUAGCACGAAACAGGAGCAAGACUUAAGUAAGGUUCACGCUUUUGAUGUUUUGUCAGUAAAUUAGCCCGAGGUCACAAAACAUAACCAAGACUUAAGUCAGCGUUACACCGUCGGUGUUAAUCUUUUGACGUUGUUCUACUCGCAUAACCAAGACUUAAGGCAAGAUUUCACCGUCGUCGGUGUUAAUCUAUUGACGUUGUUCGAUUUUCGUAUUGAAAUUUUAGAUAAAGACUGGACAGCAUUAAUCCAGCAUGACGCACGUUAAUGUUUUAUAUACAACUGUGGAACCAAGUUUGGCAACUGUUUGUGCUUAGUGGAAUAUAUUGUGAUCUCAGCCUUCUAGAUCAAGGGGGGGGGGAUGGCUGAAUGGUUAGCGUGCGCGCGCUGUAUCAUAAAGUCUGUCAUUGAGUCGACUGGCGUGGUUUCGAAUCCCCGGUUGUACGUGGCAAGGAGUAGGGUCGCCUGUCCAACUUCGUGGGUUUUCUCCGGGGCCACCGGUUUCCUCCCACUGCUAAAGACCCCUACGCGCAAGCGAAUUAUGUAAAUAAAAUUAAACCAUAUGUUAGUCCCGAAAUGACCUAGUUUGUGUCGAGUGGACGUUAAACCCCAUUUCUCUCUCUCUCUCUAGAUCAAGGCUACAUUAGAAAGGGAGAUAACUCUUAUAUAACUUGUAUUUUUAAUUAAAAAUAUUCCUAUAUAAGACUGUGAUGUAUAAAAUGCCUUGUUAAAAUAUCGCUAUUUUAUGGCAGCUAAAUAAGGUUAUAUGUACAAACAUUCUAAUUAGCAACAAACCUUUGGAUAGUAAAUUACUGCGACUGCCUAUGGUACACAGACAUUUAAAAAGUGUUCUUCAAGCAAUUGCAACAUGAAUUAAAUGCGUACAAACAUUCUAAUUAACAUCAAAUAUUUGCGACAGUAAAUUACUGUGUAUACCUAUGGUUGACGGACAUUUUAUUAGUGCUCGUGAAGCAAUUGCAACAUGAAACAAAUGCGACCAGUGGUCUUUAAAAUAUAAUGACUAAUUUGUCGAUAUACUGUACAAUGCUGUUAACUAUUGCUCCCUAAUUUGAUAAAAUCACACCACCGGUUGUUGUGAAUAUUUCCGGAGUUCGUUUGAACUAAAAUAGUGUUCCAUUUAUUCCCCUCUUGAUAGGCAGGAAACAAUUUCAGUCCUUGUUUAUGGAAGGGGAGUAACUCCAGUCAAAGCUUAUCCAAGGGGAGUAACUCUUAUUGAACAAAGAGUGCCUUACUGUAUAAUCUACUUAAUUAUUGUCGAUCAAUUUCUUCGGAGAAUCUCUUUAUAAUCAAAUGCGUUUUUAAAAAAUGAAAUGUUUUAAGGUUGUAGUCUUUUCAUUGGCUGGGUAUUUUGUUUUCUAGCCAAUGAAAUGACUUCUUAAAACAUUGUUUAGUUUUCUUUAAACAUUGUUUAGUUUUCUUGACUUGAUAUCAGGAUAUAGUAUUAUAUUGUGACAACAAUAGCGUAUUUUAUAAACUAAGUAUCCAUCAUUUUUUAAAUGUGCCAAAGUUAUUUAGUAUUGAUAUCAUGUACAAGUUAUUGUUAUUAUUUUAUAUGCCACAGCAGUUACAAUAUAUCAAUCUACAUCAUUUUAAUUGAUAAUAUAGAAUUAAAUCCUGAAAUGGCUAGAUCUCGUUGAUUUGGAUCAAACAAUAUAUCAAUGUACUUCAUUUUACUAACAGGGAAUAUAAAAUUACAUCCUAAAAUGGCUGGAUCUCGUUGAUUUGGAUCAAACAAUAUAUCAAUCUACUAACAGAUAAUAUAAAGUCGCCUGUCCAUCCUCGUGGGUUUUCUCCGGGUCCUCCGGUUUCCUCCCACUACUAAAGACCCCUACGCACAUGCGAAUUAUUGAAAUGAAAUUGAACUAUUGUUAGUCCCGAAAUGACCUAGUUUGUGUCGAGUGGACGUUAAACCCUAUUUCUCUCUCUCUCUCAGAUAAUAUAAAAUUGAUUCCUGAAAUGGAUAGGCCUCGUUGAUUUGGGUCAAACAUAAAAUUGUCGAGUUGAUUUGAUUUAUGACGUGGAGUGAUAAUCUGUCUUCGUUGAAAAUGUUUUGUGUAAAUAUAAAAUCAGUGUUGAGAUAGGGUAUAACCCAUUUAGUAAAUGGGUUUUUGACAUAAAUCACAAAGGUUUAAACAUACAUUAUUCAAGAGCUAAAUCUGGCAAUUUCAGGUCUUUCUUUAGGACUGAAAUGUUACAUAAAUUAUUAAUAAGGCAUCGGAUACUCGAGAUUUGAACUAGAUUAGAACGGUUCGCCAAAUUUAAUGUAAAACUGGGAAAUGUACAAUGGGUGAUACAGAGAAAGGAUUAUUAGUACUCAGAUAUUACUCACAGCAGUACUUAGUGACUGGUAUCAUGUACAGUACAGAGUAUGCUUACUGUCUAGAACACCUGGCACCACCUCUGUUGGUCUGUUUAAAAUGAGAAAUUCACAUACCUGUUCAUUGUUGGUUUGUUUUUUUCUAAUUAGAUAUUAAUGAUCAAUUGUUGUACAAUUGAUAUACAAUUGAUAUAGAACAAUUAUUAGCAAGGAACAAAAUAUAUUCGCCAUUUUGUCUUACUCUCAUGGCCGACAAUUUUUUGAAUAUCUUGUUUUGUGUGUGUGUACAAAUUUGAAUUAUAUAUUAAUGUGUAUUUAUUACUGGUAUAUUUGUUAUGUUUUUGUGUAUUUUUUAAAAAAAAGAACUGAGCCAAGCCAGUCAUUAGAAAGAAAGGUACAAAGUACUUUAAUAAUUAGUAUGUAUUCCUUAUUGUGUUCAUUUAAUGUCGUCGACAAAUUAAACACUUGAAGGACAAGACAUUUCUGUCUGGUUAUUCCGAUCAAACCCGCAUAUCUUGUUAUGAGUACGUCAUUUCCGUAACCUAUUGAUUGCGUCAUUUCCGUAUAUUUUGGUAUAUUUUACAGACUCAAUAUUAUUGUUGGUCGCCUUCGUGUAUCGGGUGAAAUCUAUAAGCUGCAUGACGUCAUAUCGAAACUUUUCAAAGCUUCGAGAAAUCUUGACAAAGUUGUUACGGUUGUCUGACCUCAUUUGGUUACCUUUUAAGUUGUAUGGUUGGAAUAACUUUACAGACUUGUCUUGUCGUUUUAGUGCAGACCUGGUCAAUAACUAUUAUUAUCUAAUUUCGAAAAUCUGAUGGAAUCAGUGGACUGUGUUGUUGACACUAUUUUAUACUUAAUUAUAGCUGUAUCAUAACCCAACCGAAAGUAUCAGACCACUGUUUUUAUUGUGUUUUCAAAAUUAGAGAAAAUUAACUUAUAGAACAGUGUCAUUGUUUAUUGUCAAGAUUUUUGAUUUAAAGAGAAUAUAAUUCAUCAUCAUCAUCAUCAUCAUCAUCGACCACACAAUCACCCCCUCUGUUAUUCAAAGAAAAUCGAAAAUUGAAUUACUGCCGUAUUGUUUACUUGUUUAUAUUAUGACGUCAUAUACACUGCCUUAUAUAUUAUUAUAGUUUAACUAAAACGAGUUGUUUGCCAAACUAAACCAUGUUUUAUUUUUGACAAAUGUUUUUUUUUUGUUUUUGUACAUUUAUGCUAUUUGUAUAUAGGACGAUGGAAUGUAUAUUUAUAGAGAUUUUACGAUGACAAAUUAUUGUAGAAUCAAAAUAUCUAAUAAAAAAUAU